AUGGUUAAGGAAGGAAUUGUACUAGGCCUUAAAGUGUCAUACAAAGGACUCAAAGUGGACAAAGCAAAAGUUGAAUUGAUUGUAAAGUUGCCUCAUCCAGUCAUAGUCAAAGAAGUGUGGAGCUUUCUGGGACAUGCAGUUUAUAGACGAUUCAUUCAAGAUUUCCCAAAGAUUACAAGUCCCAUGUGCAAGUUUUUAGAGAAAGAAGACAAGUUUGAGUUUGAGACUGAUUUCCAUGAAGCUUUUGAGAAGCUGACGGAAGCACCUAUUCUGAUUGCACCAGCUUGGGAGUUACCUUUUGAGCUAAUGUGUGAGGCUAGUGACAUUGUGGUGGGAGCAGUUUUAGCUUGUGAGGUGUACCUUCCUGAGGCCACCAUACAACAAAGGAAGAAAUUACUCCAUGAUUCUCGUGCCUAUAUUUGGGAUGAACCGUACCUUUUCAAGCAGGGUCCAGAUGGAAUUAUUCAUAGGUGUAUCACAGAGGCUGAAUUUUCAAAGGUAUUACAAGAUUGCCACUCAUCUCCAUAUGGUGGACAUCAUGGGGGUCAGAGGACUGCGAGGAAAGUGCUGCAAUCAGAAGUCGAAGUCUUUGAUGUUUGGGGGAUCGAUUUCAUGGGUCCAUUCCCACCAUCAAAAGGUAAUCUAUAUAUUCUAGUAGCGGUUGACUAUGUCUCUAAAUGGGUGAAAGCUAUGGCGAGUCCGACCCAUGAUGCAAGAGUGGUGCUGAGAUUUGUGAAGAAAAAUAUAUUUUCCAGAUUUGGUACACCAAGAGCACUAAUUAGUGACAGAGGUAUGCAUUUCAUUAACACUUGGCUCAAGAAUCUUCUUGCUAAACAUGGUGUGAGGCACAAGGUUGCCACUGCAUACUAUCCCCAAACUAGUGGACAGGUUGAAGUAUUAAAUCAGGAGAUUAAGCAAAUACUUCAGAACGCAGCAUGUCAUCUUCCUGUGGAGUUGGAAUUGCAAGCAUAUUUGGUGGUGAAGAAGCUAAACUUUCAGAUGACUGCCGCGGGGGAAAGAAGGUUAUUGCAACUGAAUGAGCUUGAUGAGUUUAGACUCUAUGCCUACAAAAAUGCCAAGCUAUACAAGGAGAAGAUCAAAAGAUGGGAUUUGCAAAGUGAAGAAAAGGAUAUUACCACAUGUAAGGAGAACAGUCAGCUGGUCCCAAGUUUUACAUACUCAAAUAUUUGUUGCAUCUUCUGUGUUAUAGAAAUUAUGGAACCACAACCAGUCAAAGGCAAGGCAAAGUCAAGAACUUUUGCACCUACGAUAAAAAAGAGCAGACCAUCUGAAAGUCAACUGAAAAGGUUAUCUAGGGUUCCACCACUUCAACGGGGGAAGGUUUGCAAAUUUGGGUUCAAAGCUGUACGCAAGGAUGGGAAGCAAUGCUAUUCCAAGCAUAUGGAUGCAAAGUAUAUCCCGUAG